ACCAAAACAAACGCUUUGUUCAAGGAAAAAAAGUUUUUUAAUUAAAAUUUAAAGGAAAAAUACCUCAAAAUUCGUCUCAAUGAUGAAUAUGAUGCAAAAUAAAGAAGUCGUCGAAAAUAUCGGCACUGCACUGAAUGCGAUAAAGCGCCUUCGCACAUCUGUGGGUCACGUAUUUUCGACGCUUGGCAAUGGAGCGGAGACAGAAUCGAGUGUUGAGGAUCGCGAAACGAAAUUAAUGCUUGAAUUGCAGGAGCAACUCAAUUUGGUCAAUGGAAAUUUAAAAGACACGGAAACGACAAUUAAUAACUUGAUAGUGCCGGGCGGUGCUUUUACAUUGUCCAAUACUUCAAUUUUGUCACACGAAACACAUCCCGAGAAGCAAGCUUUGUACCCCCAAUUACUUCAUAGUUACAAAUGGAAUGAUAAAUUGGCGACUUACAGCAUAAAUGCAUCGAAUGUUAUCGGGCAAAAUACCUUGAGACGCUCAUUUUUCAACAAUAACAAGCGACGAAGACCAUUAUCGGGCAAUUUGAAUGUCACAUCACAACAAUUUCAUCAAUUCGUGAACUCGAUGAAUACGCAAAAUAUGAUUGUUCGUGUGCAUCGCAGUUUCGCAAGUAGUGCGAUAAUUCAUGUAAAUCUCGGAAGAGUGUUGAAAGCAGCAAUUAUCGUCAAAGGAUACAUCAUUGAAUGGGUUUGCAUCAAGGGUUUUGAAGAAUCUCUCGAUAAUGUUGACGAUCAUUGGAGCGAAUCGCGUCAUGCGGUAUUUAGAAAAGUGCAAGAUCACACACACUCGGCUAUGAUACACUUUUAUUCGCCAAAUAUUCCGGAAUUGUCGCUCAGAAGUUAUUUGAUGUGGCUUCGAAGUUAUAUAAAUUUAUUCGUGGAUCCCUGUAAAAAAUGCAAAAGAUACUUACAUAAUGCGCUUCCGCCAACAUGGCGAGAUCUCAGGAAUCUUGAUACGUUGCAUGAAGAGUGCAAACAUUAAAAAAAACUUUAGAUUUUAUAUUAAAAUUAUUUUUAAAAAUAAAAAAAAAAUUUCAU